AUGGGGGCGAGGCAGGGGAGGCGGACGAGGAGGCCACUACACCACUUCCGCAACAACUGCCCCGACCGGGGACGGCAGCGCCGCUGCCCAACCACGAAGAGGCGGUCGCGGCGUGGCGGAAGGGAGGGAGAGCAGCCGGAGGCGCCAGUGGCGGUCGCACCUGCGCCGGAGCCGCUGGUGGACAUCGGGGCCAACCUCACGCACGCCAGCUUCCGGGCCGACUUUGACGCCGUCCUCGACCGCGCACAGAAGGCCAACGUGCGCGCCAUCGUUCUCACCGGCACGUCGGAGAGAGCGAGCAGGGACGCGUUCAAGGUCACGCAGGGCCGCGAGGGAUUCCUCUACUCGACGGCGGGCGUGCACCCGCACGACGCCAAGCACUGCAACGACCGCACCAUCGCCAACCUCCGCGAGCUGCUGCGGCACAAGGCGGUGGUGGCCGUGGGCGAAUGCGGACUCGACUUUGACAGGAACUUUUCUCCCCAGGACGUCCAAGAAAAGUGGUUUGUGGAGCAGCUGAAGCUGGCCAAGGAGGUGAACAAACCCAUCUUCCUUCACGAGCGCUCGGCCUUCCGUCGGUUUGCCGAAAUCAUGAAGGAAAACAUGGAGGGCCUGCCGCCUGCUGUCGUACAUUGCUUCACCGGGACGAAGGAGGAACUCGAAGAGUAUCUUGCCAUGGGCAUGUAUAUUGGUAUCACGGGCUGGGUGUGCGACGAGAGGCGCGGUCGGCAUCUGCAGGAGAUCGUCGGGCUCGUGCCGCUCGAUCGUCUGAUGAUCGAGACCGACGCCCCGUUCCUCACUCCGCGCACCUUGCGCCCUUGCCCGCGCCGCAACGAGCCGUCUUACCUCACCCACGUCCUACAGACGGUCGCCGACUGCACCGGACGAUCGGUAGAGGAGGUGGCGCGUGAAACCACGCAGACCGCGGUGCGCUUCUUCGGUCUGGACCAAAUCCGUAAGGAGUGA